GAGAGAGAGAGAGAGAAAGAGAGGAGAACGCCAGGCACGAGCAAAGAGAAACGGAGCGAGCGAGUGAGCGAAGGAGAGGCACGCACAUACCGCGAUUUCGUGUGGUAGUAAAGUGCCGCAGUCUCCAUCGGGCGGCAGUGCAGCGAUGAUCUGAGACCAUGACCGUCGACUUCGCCGAUUACUUUUGGGGCGACAAGAACAAUGGGUUCGACGUGUUGUACCAUAACAUGAAGCAUGGCCUGGUGGCGAGCAAGGAGUUGGCCGAGUUCCUGCGUGAGCGUAGCGUCAUCGAGGAGAACAACUACAAAUUACUGUCCAAGGUAGCCAAGCAGGCGACGAACAGCGGCACGAGUCAGGGAACGUUCGCGCCAGUCUGGGCGGCAUUACGCGGCGCCGCCGAGAAAUUGGCUGGGCUACAUCUGCAAUUAGCUCAAAAGGUCGCCGAGCUUAUCAAGGAUGUUGCCAAGUACUCCGAUGAGCUGCACAAGAGGCAUAAAACGGUAAAAGAAGAAGAGUCAUCCACGCUAGAAGUUGUACAAAGUGUUCAAAGUAUUACGGUAACCCUUCAGAAAGCUAAGGAUAUCUGUUUGCAGCGUGGGCUUGAGUUGGAAAAAUUAAAGAAGGACAAUGCCAGUCAGAAAGAACUGGAGAAAGCUGAAAUCAAAUUCAAAAAGUCUCAAGACGAAUACAAGACUUUGGUCGACAAGUACACUACCAUUAGAAAUGAUUUUGAGACCAAAAUGACACAGGCCUGUAAGAGAUUUCAAGACAUCGAAGAGAAUCAUUUACGAAGCAUGAAAGAGUUCCUAAAUACUUAUGCUGACGUCCUGCAGUCCAACCAUGAACAAAUUGGUCAGGUGCACAUAGAUUUCAAGAGGCAGUGUUUAGAUAUGACAGUCGAUAAGCUAUUGGAACAGUUUGUUCAGAGUAAAUAUACAGGAUUCGAAAAGCCAGGUGUAAUCGAGUACGACGAGGUGUUGACAAAUCUAGCCGAGUUGACGUCGCAGACAAGCGUAGAUAAGAGCAGCGUAGAGAUGACGAAAGAGGCAGCGCCAACAGGGAAAGGAGCAAACGGCGAGACCGGAGUUGCGGGUAACAACAUCAUGACAGAGAGCACAAUAAAAAAGGGGGUAAAGAGUCGGGGAGAGGGUGGUAAUGUUGGAGGCGGCUCGCGUCGAACUACUUCGCUGCUCAACCUAUUCAUGUCCAACUCCCAGGAGAGAAAAGCUGCUGCAACGAGCACAGGCUCGGCACCGGUAACACCGCUCACCAACCAAGUACCAGCCAUCUCCAGGAAUCCCCUCAGAGGAUCUAAAUGGUUCUUGAGGAGUCGACGUCAAAAGCGCAAGGAGAAGAAAGCAACCAAGAAGAAAGACUCGGUGGAGACGACCAGCAACAAGGAGGAUAAAUCUGACUUGGAAGAUAAGGAUCAAGACAGUCGCAAAUCAGGUACCCCAACGCCUGAAGUAGACGAAGACGGUUACUGCAUUAAGCCAAAAGCAGAUCCUUGGGAGAACGAGAAAGGCUUCUACUCGAGUAGCGACACCGACAGUGAGGACGAUCGCGAGCGUAAAAUUCGCGUGGAAAUCAAACCAUUGAGCAACGGAGGUGCACCGAUGAGUGCAAGCGUCGAUGAGUUACGAGCUACCGUUGAGAAUUUAUCUUUGUCACCUGCUCCAGCGGGUAGACGAGGUUCGAAUACAGACUCCGAUCAUCAGAUGAAACGCUCGCAAUCAGUUUCACAACAAUUGGCAGUUAAACCAAGUUCCGAUCUGCUCAAUUUGUUCAAUCCAAGCAGUACGCCGUCGAGUGCUUCCACGCCCACGGCGAGCCAUCCUUAUGCUCCUCUGCAAAGCCCACCGGGUUUGUCGUCAUCGCCGAUACCGGCUGUGCCACCACCUCCGCAAUCCGCUCCACCACGAUUCCCUGGUCACUUCCCUGAAGGCGAUUUGUUUUCGGAGUUGAGCGAUGCAACGCCAGCACUGCCACCAAAACAAUCGACAGCAUCCAACAGUUCGAUCGCAAUACCACGUCCACCGUCUCGUCGCGGUGACGCGAUACGUGGGAGAAUGUCACCAGCAACAAUAUCUCGGGCCGACAGUGUGGCAAGUCUCGAAUUCCGUACUGCUGGUGUUGGAGUUGGCUCGUCGCGUGGACCUUCGCCACUGACGAUCGGCAUGGCCGACACGAUACCAUUAGCAGUUGCCUUCCAUGAGAUUAUUCAUUCGUACUUCCGUGGUAGCGAUGAAGCCAGAUGUCAAGUCAAACUUUGCGGCGAUAUGAUGCUUUCGUUUCCUGCCGGUAUCGUUGCUGUACUCACGACCAAUCCUAAUCCCGCCAAGCUCACUUUUAGACUGAAGAAUAGUAAUAGAUUGGAGAGAUUGGUGCCCAACAGUCAGCUCAUUAGCAUGGACGUUACCCAAGCCACGGCUGACAGUACACUUUUUGAAUUUAACAUGAGUGCCUUAACUACUUUGCUACGACGACAAGCCGAGCAAAAUCCAACCGCUUCGUAUUUCAACGUGGAUAUACUGAAGUAUCAAAUAAAGAAUAGAGAAGGCGCUGGCUCUUGUCCGUUUCAGAUCGUCGCUUAUUGGAAAUGUAAUCCUACUCAUACGGACCUCAAGGUCGAUUAUAAAUAUAAUAGUCGAGCAAUGGCUGUUCCGACUCCUUUGUUAAACGUGCAAGUGUCAGUACCAAUAGAUGGUGGUUUCAAAACCGUACAAAGUAAACCGAAUGCUCAGUGGCUGCCAGACGCAAAUCGUCUUUUAUGGAAAUUCACCGAUUUAUCACAGCAUAGCGAAGGUGCUGGAGUUGGUUCUUUAAAAGCACGAGUUGAACUUUCACGUGGACCCGGUAAUCAGCAAACUAUCUUCACGCAGUUUAACUGUGAAGGGACCACCUUAUCAGGCGUUGAAUUCGAACUUGUUAACCCUGGAUAUCGGCUUAGUCUUAUCAAGAAGAGAUUUGUUUCCGGAAAGUAUCUGUGCGAUGGAGACGUAGACUUACGAACUCGUUAUGCUGCACCGCCGAUGAAUGUCGAAUAAACUUCACUCAUCUUUUUUGAGUGAGCUUGUACAUAAUUUUUUUUAUUAAAAACAAAAAUUUUUUUUGCUAUUAUAAGAAAAAAAUGAAUAUUUCUAAUUGAAUAAGCCAUGUCCAUAAUUUUUUGAAUAUAUAUGUCGUUUUUUUCGUAAAUGCGGUAUACUUGAUUGCGGUAUAUAAGUAAUAAUUUAAACUUUAAAAAAAAUUGUUUUAUAAAUCAUUGAGGUUUUUUAUUCUUGCGAAGAAAGUGAACGUUAUUAAAUUUUGUAACUUAAAAGAGGCAUAGUGAUAUUAAAUGGAGAACUUGAAGUUUUUUGUAAAAGUGUGCGAUUGAAAAAAAUAAAUUUUUUAUAUCUAUUAAAUAGUAAAAAAAGAUAUAACUUAAUGUGAUCCAGAGAACUACAAAUUUUUGUAAAAUUGUACAUGAUUUAUAAAAUAUAAUUUUUUACGUGGAUGAUAAAAGUUUAUAUCUGCUGAAAAAGCUGCAAUAGCGUACUCUAAGGCAAGUAUGUAAUAAUUAGUUCAGAUUUAAAGGUUUUUGUUCUUUUUUGAUUCACACGAAUGAAUUCAGUUAAUGUUAUAUUUGAUUCAAUAUGAAUUAGUAAUAGUAAUUUUGCAUGUAAUUUUAUUAACUUUCGUUUGCACUUAUGUAGCAAUAAUUCUGCUUACUGACGU